UGGUGUUUCAUUUCUAUUGAAAAGGUUUUCUUUAUACUGUUUUUUAAAGAAUUCAACAUUUAGUAUUGUAUUAACACGUAUUAUACACUAUGCUGAUUUAUUUUGUAGCGUUUAUAAUUCUAUGGUCAACUCCAGGUAAUUCUGGUUAUGGGACGCCACCUAUGCCUCCCUCAAAUCACAGUAACGAGCUUAUCGACCACACUGAAUUCUUGAUUGAAUACAUAAGAAACCUCUAUCUAAGCAACACAUGUUCAGAUGUUGUUUUAGUUGUAGGUAAAGAACGAUUGCCCGCCCAUCGUAUUAUACUAGCCUCACGCAGCGAAUAUUUUAGGAGGGUUUUUUUUGAAGAUGAUGAAGAAUCCCAUAAAUCUGAAGUCAAUCUUAAUGCUGCACCAGUAAAAUCAUUUGAAAUACUUCAUAAAUAUAUUUAUACUGGUCGAAUAAAUUUAAGUGAUCUAAAGAGUGGAGAAGUUUUCGAAUUACUUAAAACUUCGGAUUAUUUUGACAUUUUAAACUUAAAUCUUCCACUGCACGAGUAUUUAAAAAAUCACCGUAACGAGCAUAUCGACCACACUGAUGUCUUGGUUGAAUUCAUAAGAAACCUCCAUCUAAGCGACAUAUGUUCAGAUGUUGUUUUAUUUGUGGGUGAAGAACGAUUGCCCGCCCAUCGUAUUAUACUAGCCUCACACAGCGAAUAUUUUAGGAGGGUUUUUUUUGAAGAUGAUAAAAAAUCCCAUAAAUCUGAGGUCAAUCUUAGUGAUGCACCAGUAACAUCAUUUGAAAUGCUUCUUAAAUAUAUUUAUACUGGUCGAAUAAAUUUAGGUGAUCUAAAGAGUGAGGAAGUUUUCGAAUUUCUUAGGAUUUCGGAUUAUUUUGGCAUUUCAAACUUAAAACUUCCACUGCACGAGUAUUUAAAAAAUCACCGUAACGAGCAUAUCGACCACACUGAUGUCUUGGUUGAAUUCAUAAGAAACCUCCAUCUAAGCGACAUAUGUUCAGAUGUUGUUUUAGUUGUGGGAGAAGAACGAUUGCCCGCCCAUCGUAUUAUACUAGCCUCACACAGCGAAUAUUUUAUGAGGUUUUUUUCUGGGGAUUAUGAAGAAGCCCGUAAAUCUGAAGUCAAUCUUAGUGAUGCAUCUAUAACCUCAUAUAAACUACUGUUUACAUAUAUUUAUACUGGUCAAAUAAAUUUAGGUGAUCUAGAGGGCGAAGAAGUUUUUGAAUUACUUAGGAUUUCGGAUUAUUAUGGUAUUUUAAAAUUAAAACUUCCACUACACGAUUAUUUAAAAAGUACUAUUGACGUAGAAAAUGCAUGGUCGUUCUUUGCUAUGACUCGAACUUAUAAAUACAAUGACCUAGAAGUCGAAUCACUUCACUUUAUCGAUAACCACGCCUCACAAUUAUUGCAAUCUGAAGACUUUCUAACUUUGUCACCCGAAGUUCUUCAAGAUAUUAUCAUUCGUGACACAUUUUAUUGUAAUGAAUUAGAUAUAUUCCACGCAGUUUGUCGCUGGAUUAAAAAACACCAAAACAUCCUUGAUCAUGAUACUAAAAUGAAAGUUUUAUCUGCGAUCAGAUAUCCGUUAAUGAGUAUUAAAGAACUGACUAAAGUUAGGCAAUCACCGCUGGUUAAAUCGAAUACAAGUUUACAUGACACAAUAUUCAGAAACACCUCGUCACCAGAUAAGCUUCAAUAUCGAGGCCAGCUACAACCCAAUGUAAAUCUUAUUCAUCGGCCUUGUCAAUAUGAACUUAUUCGGGAGCCUUCGAAUACUCCGGUUAUCAAUGGCAUUAACGGUAGUUCUACGAUAACCUUGCGUGUUCCAUCAUUUAUAAACUAUAUUGAAAUAUCGUUAUCGGAUGGAGGUUCGAUGGAUGAAUCAAGGUAUUACUCUUAUUACAUUGAAGUAUCAAUGGAUCAGAACGUUUGGUUCCAUGUUAUAGAUCAUUCAAAUUAUAAUUGUCGAUCAAUUCAAAAAUUGUGGAUUAAACCUCGCAUAGUUCGGUACAUACACAUUGUUGGAACCAGAAGUACUGCUAAAGCAACUUUUGGAUUUUCGAAAGUCAAGUACAAUACAGAAGAAAUGCACGAGGUGGAAAUAAAAAAUGGAUUAGUCGUUCCUAAGUACGGGUAUAAUGUCGCUUCAAGUUAUAUGUAUGCAUUUGUAAUCAAGGGAGAACAUCAUUUGAUGAGUCAGUCGAUGUUAAACAUAUUAUAUGAUGAUGACUAUGAUCGUUUUGGUGAUAAGAUUGAUCGUUUUAACAUGUAUACAUAUCAUUAUUUGCAAUCUGGUUGUAUAGUGAUUCAUCUUGCACAUCCAUAUAUACUUAGUUCAAUGAGGUUUCUGCUUUGGGGCGGUAAUGACCAAUUCUACAAGUACACUGUUGAGGAUUCUAUCGAUAAUCAGGAUUGGAAAUGGAUUGCACACGAAUCUAAAGAGCUGAAACAAUCAUGGCAGGUGUUGAAAUUUACACCCAGACCGAUACUCUACAUUCGUAUUACUGGCGUUUAUAACUCAGCAGGCAAUGAUUUCCGUUGUGUAUAUUUUGAAGCUCCCGCUCGAGUAAUUGUAGACGAUCGUGGGAAGAACAACGAAACAGAUGUUAUAAUGACAGAAGCUUCGACUUCAAAUCCAGUCGUUUAAACCAAAUUCCAAUUAUAAGCAUAUUUGUGUUUAUUGCACGCUUACCAUAAAUUAAAGAUAUUAUAAAAAAUACAAUUUUUUUCGUUUAUAUAUAAUUACAUGAUACAUAUUUUUUAUAUAAUACAUUAAUAACAGAUUGAUUAAAUUAUUACAGUACUGUGUUUGGUAAUUCAAUUGAUACACGUAGGGUAGUAUCCCGGGGCUUAAUAAAAAUAAUUAUAAUAUACCUAAGGCCAUUAUUUUGGUAAUAUCUGUUAAGUCAAUAUAUAUAAGCGCGUGGUUUUACUAUUUUUGAUUGGAUAUUAUUAUUAUAAUUUAUAGUAACUAAAAUAUAAGUUGUCAUUUUUGAUAAAUGUUAUAUAUGCAUGAUAUAUAUUAUUUAUGUACUAUAUUAAUAACAGAUUAAUUAGAUUAUUACAGUACUGUAGUUGGUAAUGCAACUAUGUGCAUUGGUUAUGAAAUUAACAAGUUUUCCCGGUAAAAAUACACAAUACUGGCUGCACAACAUACACGAAUAAUACAUUAUCUAAAUACUAAGGCUACGACGGAUAAGAGUGGAAAAAGUAAAGAGUAAUAAUUUUCAAAUGAACGGCACCGUCUCUU